AUGCCUGCAGUCGCUUUGGCAUACCUAGCUCUUUGUUACGCAGCCGCUACAAGAGUAAUCCCCAUACGCAUUUGGAUGGUUGAAGAACCCGGAAGCCAUUUGUCUACAAUUAAGGCGGGCGUUACAACAAUCAACAUUGUAGUUAUCGGGCUCGCAUUGUUGCCUCUUAAGUCACUUCUUGACGACUUAAAAGGCGAAGAAUUCUUUAGAGCACUUCGCGUUUCUCGAUCUGGAGUUCCACUGAAAGCCAUUAAUAAUGUUUCAACUCCUUCACACUCAUAUAGUAGAGGGAUGAUGUCUAUCAUGCAGAACCAUGUUUCAAAGUACUACACUGGCGCAAUCCUGACCGGGCUUUUAGCAACUUUAGUAUCUUCCUUGGCCCCCGCGGCUCUGUCCGUUGGUAUCAUACCUGUUGACACGGAACUAACUGCCUUUCGGGUUGGAGCGGUGGCCAGUGACAGUGUCGUCAAGGUGUAUCUCACCGAGGUAAACAACAAUCCCAAAUUCAACGCAAGAGCUACUGAGGCAGCUUCAAUGGGAUGGGUUCAAUCGGUGCUGGGUGUGAGUAUGUCCUUCCAGGCUACGUCUCUCAAAUAUGGCGUCCCUGUACCACUCGACCUUCACCCAAAUGACCGAGCUCGCUAUAUCACUGAUGUGAUUGUUAUGGAUCCUGUCUGUACCUGGACCGUUCCAAACCCUCCGGUUGUAGCGCCCUUGAAUUCUUCCGACUUCAAUUCUCAAAAACGUCUAGUAUUCACCGGCACAUCGAGUAGGGCGUCAUUGAACGUAUUGAGUGAAGGGAUUUCACCUUUAUCCAAUAUUUCAAGUAACGACCCACCAACUACUGGCGUGAUGGGCUGGCUCAUGGCCAGCACAAUUGACAUGUCUGGAAUACCCACCCAGGAGUAUCAUGACGUUGUCCAGAUCGGUAACUCGACUUCACCAACAACGACGGAACUCAGCAUUCUUAUGUGCGAUCCCAGACUCUCUGUUGAGACUAGAGAGGUACGACUGGACGGGACCGGAAAGAUGACUGUGAUGGAGAAUACGGGUUUGACGCGCCAAGGCAACCUUCACCUCGCUCAAACUCGCCUUUUAGUUGGUCAAGCUCUUAAAAAGUUUAGCAGUGAUUCGGGCCCUGAUACGCAGUUCACUGGUCUCGGGCAGGCAGCCCAGCUUCAAAUGUUCUUCGGACCUGUCGAAAACGUGACUUUGACACCCGUAUUAAAACCUCGCCCUAUUGAGGAACUCACAUAUGGAUACAGCGUAGCCCAACAAGCAGCUAUGCGCUCCUACCUUUCUGGCCGAAUGUCAUCGAGCUUCGUUCCUGGGCGAAUGCAAGAGAUGAAUUGGUCAGACACGGAGCAGUUUACAUUAGUUUCCGUAUCUGCAGCAUUGGCGAAUUCCAAUCUUGGUCGUGUAUGCGAGGACGUCAAAUAUGCGGAUCGCACACAAGGGACAUUACCGGAGGAUGUUGUCAUAAAGACACUCGAAAAUAGGACAAUCCGUUUAGUCAACAAUGGCGGACCGGGGCAUUCAUUACAUAUAGAUUGA